AUGGUUGAAUUUCCCUACUCCAGCGCUCCCUUGCGGACCGUCAAGGAAGUCCAAUUUGGUAUUUUCUCGCCGGAGGAAGUUCGCGCUAUCAGUGUCGCAAAAAUCGAGUUUCCUGAAACGAUGGACGAGACUCAAAUGAGAGCCAAAGUCGGAGGUCUUAAUGAUCCUCGUCUGGGUUCUAUAGACCGUAACUACAAGUGUCAGACUUGUGGUGAAGGCAUGAACGACUGCCCAGGGCAUUUUGGUCACAUCGAACUAGCCAAACCUGUGUUCCACAUCGGGUACAUUUCCAAAAUUAAGAAAGUUUGCGAGUGUGUCUGCAUGCAUUGUGGUAAAUUACUCUUAGAUGAGCAUAGCGAACUUAUGAGACAGGCUAUAAAAAUUAAAGAUCCUAAAAGAAGAUUCAAUGCUGUUUGGUCUCUGUGUAAGGCCAAAAUGGUAUGCGAGACAGAGGUGCCCUCCGAUAACGACCCUGCUCAGUAUGUUUCCAGAGGUGGUUGCGGUAAUACUCAGCCUAGUGUUAGAAAAGAUGGACUCUCACUAGUGGGCACAUGGAAAAAGGACAAGGGUGCUGAUGAUGCAGACCAGCCAGAAAGACGUGUUAUUUCAGCAGACGAGGUUCUCAAUGUCUUUAAACACAUUUCUCCAGAGGAUUCUGUGAGGCUGGGUUUCAAUGAAGAUUUUGCUCGUCCGGAAUGGAUGAUACUUACGGUUUUGCCUGUUCCACCCCCACCAGUACGUCCUUCAAUUUCUUUCAAUGAAACUCAAAGAGGUGAGGAUGAUUUGACUUACAAGCUGGGUGAUAUCUUAAAGGCUAAUAUUAAUGUCCAAAGGCUGGAAAUUAACGGGUCUCCGCAGCACGUAAUACAAGAAUCGGAAGCUUUACUGCAAUUUCAUGUUGCCACAUACAUGGACAACGAUAUUGCAGGACAACCUCAGGCACUGCAGAAGUCUGGUCGUCCAAUUAAAUCUAUCAGAGCCCGUUUAAAGGGUAAAGAAGGUCGUAUCAGAGGUAACCUUAUGGGAAAGCGUGUUGACUUCUCUGCCCGUACGGUUAUUUCCGGUGACCCUAACUUAGAUCUGGAUCAAGUUGGUGUUCCAAAGUCUAUCGCAAGAACUCUUACCUACCCGGAGGUUGUAACACCUUACAAUAUCGACAGGCUGACGCAGCUAGUACGCAAUGGUCCUAAUGAGCAUCCCGGUGCAAAAUAUAUUAUUCGUGAUAACGGUGACCGUAUCGAUUUGCGGUACAGUAAAAGGGCGGGUGAUAUCCAGCUCCAGUAUGGUUGGAAGGUCGAACGUCACAUUAUCGAUGAAGACCCAGUGCUGUUUAACCGUCAGCCAUCGCUUCACAAGAUGUCCAUGAUGGCGCAUAGAGUAAAGGUUAUGCCUUAUUCUACUUUCAGACUGAACUUGUCCGUAACAUCACCUUAUAAUGCGGAUUUCGACGGUGACGAGAUGAACUUACACGUGCCUCAGUCGGAGGAAACUAGAGCUGAGCUUUCUCAACUUUGCGCUGUUCCUCAGCAAAUUGUGUCAGCGCAGUCUAACAAACCUUGUAUGGGUAUCGUACAGGACACCUUAUGUGGUGUUAGAAAAAUGACGUUAAGAGACACUUUUAUCGAGCUAGACCAGGUGUUGAAUAUGCUCUACUGGAUUCCGGAUUGGGAUGGUGUAAUCCCAACCCCAAUCAUCCUGAAGCCAAAACCAUUAUGGUCUGGUAAGCAGAUACUUUCGAUUGCCAUUCCAAGCGGUAUCCACUUGCAAAGGUUUGACGAGGGCACAACUUUACUAUCGCCAAAAGACAACGGUAUGCUGAUUAUUGAUGGUCAAAUCAUCUUCGGCGUUGUUGACAAGAAAACUGUGGGCUCUUCAAGUGGUGGUUUGAUUCAUGUUGUCACAAGAGAAAAGGGCCCCAAGAUUUGUGCAAGGCUCUUCAGUAAUCUUCAAAAGGUAGUCAAUUUCUGGCUGCUUCACAAUGGAUUCUCUAUCGGUAUCGGGGACACAAUCGCCGACGAGAAAUCUAUGAGGGAAAUUACUGAGGCUAUUAUAGUUGCAAAGAGAAAAGUCGAGGAAGUCACUAAGGAGGCUCAAGCAAACUUGCUGACAGCUAAGCAUGGUAUGACUUUGAGAGAAUCUUUUGAAGAUAGCGUCGUCAGAUAUUUGAACGAGGCUAGAGAUAAAGCAGGUCGUUCAGCUGAAGUUAACUUGAAGGAUUUGAAUAACGUCAAGCAGAUGGUAAGCGCUGGUUCAAAAGGUUCUUUCAUUAAUAUUGCCCAGAUGUCUGCUUGUGUUGGGCAGCAGUCGGUUGAAGGUAAGCGUAUUGCCUUUGGGUUCGCGGACCGCACCUUGCCUCACUUCUCAAAGGACGAUUAUUCUCCAGAAUCUAAAGGUUUUGUUGAGAACUCUUAUCUGAGAGGCCUUACUCCCCAAGAAUUCUUUUUUCACGCCAUGGGUGGUCGUGAAGGUUUGAUCGAUACUGCCGUUAAAACAGCCGAAACAGGUUACAUUCAGCGUCGUUUAGUCAAGGCUUUAGAAGAUAUCAUGGUUCACUACGAUGGAACAACGAGAAACUCGCUGGGUAACGUGAUUCAGUUCAUUUAUGGUGAAGAUGGUAUGGAUGCGGCUCACAUCGAAAAGCAGACUAUUGACACCAUUGCAUCUUCGGACGCUGCUUUCGAGCGCAGAUUCAGGAUUGAUUUGCUGAACCCUAGACAUGCUCUCGACCCUUCGUUGCUCGAAUCGGGCUCUGAGAUUAUUGGUGAUCUUAAGCUUCAGGCUUUGCUAGACGAAGAGUUCAAACAGCUUGUCGAAGAUCGCGAAUUCCUCAGAAAGAUUUUCGUGGACGGUGAACAAAACUGGCCUUUGCCUGUCAACAUUAGGCGUAUUAUCCAAAACGCUCAGCAGACUUUCAGAAUCGAUCAGACCAAGCCCACAGAUCUGACAAUCCGUGACGUGGUGUAUGGUGUCAAAGAAUUACAAGAAAAACUUCUUGUUCUUCGUGGCAAGAGUAAGAUUCUACAAGAAGCCCAGCAAAACGCGGUCACUCUAUUCUGCUGCUUACUACGUUCCAGACUAGCCACUCGCAGAGUCAUUCAGGAAUACAGGCUAAACAAGCAAACUUUCGAAUGGGUCUUGAGCAAUGUCGAGUCUCAAUUUUUGAGAUCGAUCGUGCACCCAGGUGAAAUGGUGGGUGUUUUGGCUGCUCAGUCAAUUGGUGAGCCAGCUACUCAGAUGACACUGAACACGUUCCAUUUCGCUGGUGUCGCUUCUAAGAAGGUUACUUCUGGUGUUCCUCGUUUAAAGGAAAUUCUGAAUGUGGCUAAGAACAUGAAGACUCCUUCUUUGACAGUUUACCUGGACAAAGAUCACGCCGCUGACCAGGAGAAGGCCAAACUGAUCAGAUCCGCGAUCGAGCACACAACUUUGAAGAGUAUAACUGUUGCGUCUGAAAUUUACUACGACCCUGAUCCACGCUCUACAGUCAUCGAAGAGGACGAAGAAAUCAUCCAGUUACACUUUUCCUUGAUGGAUGAGGAAACAGAACAGUCUCUUGACUACCAAUCUCCUUGGUUGCUACGUCUCGAACUUGACCGUGCCGCAAUGAACGACAAAGAUUUGACUAUGGGACAAGUCGGUGAAAAGAUCAAGGAGACCUUCAAAAAUGAUUUGUUUGUCAUUUGGUCGGAAGACAACGCAGAAAAGUUGAUUAUUCGUUGUCGUGUUGUUCGUGAUCCCAAGACACUGGAUGCGGAAGCAGAGGCAGAGGAAGACCACAUGCUCAAAAGGAUUGAGAACACAAUGCUUGAGAGCAUCACCUUGCGUGGUGUCGAGGAUAUCACAAGAGUCGUUAUGAUGAAGUACGAUCGCAAGGUACCAAGCCCUACCGGUGAAUACCACAAAGUUCCUGAGUGGGUUUUGGAAACCGAUGGUGUUAACCUUGCCGAGGUUAUGUGCGUUCCUGGCGUAGACCCUGCGCGUAUAUACACAAACUCAUUCAUUGACAUUAUGAAUGUUUUGGGUAUUGAAGCUGGCCGCGCUGCGUUGUACAAGGAAGUUUACAACGUCAUUGCAUCCGACGGUUCUUACGUUAACUAUCGUCAUAUGGCUUUGCUGGUUGACGUUAUGACAUCACAGGGUUUCCUCAUGUCUGUUACCCGUCAUGGUUUCAACAGGUCGGACACUGGCGCGCUGAUGAGGUGCUCCUUUGAAGAAACAGUUGAAAUCCUGUUUGAGGCAGGUGCAGCAGCAGAGCUGGACGAUUGCCGUGGUGUAUCAGAGAACGUGCUAUUGGGCCAAGUUGCUCCUAUUGGUACUGGUGCUUUUGAUGUCAUGAUUGAUGAAGAGUCGCUAGUGAAGUUCAUGCCACAGCAAAAAAUGGAAGAAGUCGCGGAUGGCCAUGAUGGUGCCAGAACUCCUUACAACAACGAAAGCGGCCUAGUCAAUGCGGAUAUCGAUGUCAAGGACGAACUCAUGUUUUCGCCCUUGGUUGACUCUGGUUCUACUGACGCGAUGUCAGGCGGUUUCACUGCCUACGGGGGUGCCGACUACGGUGGGGCUUCUUCUCCUUUCAGCGGUUACGGAGAUGCUCCCACGUCUCCUGGAUUUGGUGGUGUCGCCUCUCCUGGCUUCUCACCUACAUCUCCAGCUUACUCCCCUACAUCUCCAAGCUACAGCCCAACCUCCCCAUCAUAUUCGCCAACGUCGCCAAGCUACAGUCCAACAUCACCAUCGUACUCGCCAACGUCGCCAAGCUACAGUCCAACAUCACCAUCGUACUCGCCAACGUCGCCAAGCUACAGUCCAACAUCUCCAUCAUACUCUCCAACUUCUCCUAGCUAUAGCCCCACGUCGCCAUCAUACUCGCCAACUUCGCCAUCAUACUCGCCAACUUCGCCAAGCUACAGCCCUACGUCGCCUUCAUACUCUCCCACGUCGCCAAGCUACAGUCCGACUUCUCCAUCUUACUCUCCAACAUCGCCAAGUUAUAGCCCAACCUCACCAUCAUACUCUCCCACAUCACCAUCAUACUCUCCAACCUCUCCAUCCUAUUCCCCAACCUCUCCUUCUUAUUCUCCAACUUCACCAAGCUACUCUCCUACGUCUCCAUCGUACUCUCCAACUUCUCCAAGCUAUAGUCCGGGCUCUCCCUCAUACUCUCCAGGCUCCCCAAAGAAAGAGAACGACAACGACAACAACAACAACAACAACAACAACAACUGA